AUGUCAACAUUGCAGACACCUGGGCGAACUCUCAAUGAACAAACAAGAUCAAUUUAUCAACUUGAACCACUUUCGUUAAAUAUGCCUAGUGAUGAUUCCAUCAAUGUACUACAGCCUCUAGAAGAUUUAAAUCUUGAAGAACUUCUCUGGCAAAGUGGUGCCGUAGAAAAUUCAUUGAAAGAAGUUCAAUUAAACAAUACUGGCAUAUGCUACAAUUCUGAUAAUGAUCCAUCAACCCAUAUUUCACAGACAGCU